AUGGCCGAAGAUGACGAUCCAAAGAAACAGACUUCCGGCAGUGGGAAGGCUAUCGAAAUUAACAACAAGCCUAUCGACCCGAAUUCUCCCUAUUACAUACAUCCUUCUGAUUCGCCAAGACAAGUACAAGUCAACGAGCUUCUCAAUGACACCAAUUACAAUGAUUGGGUUCAAGAGAUGACGAAUUUCUUGUUUGCCAAAAACAAGAUCGUUUUUGUAGAUCAGUCUAUAUCUAAACCUGAGAAGACCGAUGACAUGUAUAUGCCUUGGAUGCGGUGUGAUGCAAUGAUAAAAGGAUGGCUAACAACUGCCAUGGAGAAAGAAAUACGGGGUAGUGUCAAAUACGCGAACAUCGCAGCGGAAAUAUGGAAAGAUCUGCAAGAAAGGUUUGAAAAGGAAAGUGCUCCGCGUGCUUACGAAUUAAAACAGUCCCUGACAAUCACUCGUCAAGAGGGCAGUUCUGUUUCCGCGUAUUAUACAAAACUCCGGGGUCUUUGGGAUGAAAUACAAACCGUUCUACCUACACCACGCUGCACUUGUGGUACUUGUUCAUGUGAAGUCGGCAAACGGCUGUCACAAUUUAAAGAAAAGGAAUGUUUAUAUGAGUUUCUUAUGGGUUUAGAUGUAGAAUUCUCAACCAUAAGGACACAACUUUUGUCGAUGAAACCAAACCCGACUCUAGGUGAAGCAUACCGGAUGGCCUCGGAAGAUGAGCAGCAACGGGCUAUUACGGCUGGAAAGAGGGUCCAAACUGAGAGUGCGGUUUUUCAAGCCAAUUAUCGUGUAGGAUCCAAAAUGCAACAAAAGAGAAAAGACAUCAAACAAUCUGGAAAUAAUGAAGAUAGUCACUGUACCUCUUGCGGACGUGAUGGGCACAAACGAGAAGCUUGUUUUGAGCUCGUGGGAUAUCCGGAAUGGUGGCCCGGAAAGAAGAAUGUAAAGACAAAAUCAAAGGCGGCCUGCAUUGAUAACAACCCGAAAGACAUCAAGACCGUGACGGGCUUAACCGAUGAUCAAUACGAGACUCUUUUAAAGCACUUCACUGAAGCGGGAGACAAAGACGCAGGUGAAGGUAUUCGGAAAGCUAACAUGGUUGGUAAGGUUAAUGCAUUAUCAACUAAAUCCGAUGAUUGGAUUGUUGACUCGGGAUCAACCGAUUAUAUUGUUUGUAACGAAAAUUAUCUUGAAAAUAUUGUUAAAGAUGAUUAA